CUCUAAAAAGGGCUCACCACACAGUUGUUGAUACAGCGUUGACGGGCUGCCACGCUGCUCGACCCGCUGUUCAUUCGGCCCUCGAUCCUCCUUACGUAGGGUUACGAGAGGUGUUUUAGAGUGCAUCUUUUGCAAUGUGAAUAUAAGGGGACUUUUUGGGACCACCUCUUUCACCCUUUUUACCAAUACUUCGUCAAUCUUGCCAAGAGACAAUGAGAAGUAAGGAGUUGCGUCACAGGUUGUGCUUGAGAUUCUCUUUACGUCUAGGUUUCCAUCGGUGCAAGAAAUCCAGGUCUGUUAGCACGGUUACAAGGAAGUUAUGAAUGAAAUGUAGAAUAAUCUUCAUCGACAAGGAUGGCAAGGACAGGAGUUCUCAUGCUGACGGCGCUCGUUGCAGUGACUAAGCCUCUCUGUGCAGCGCUCUCGCCCAGCCCUCAUUGCCCCUGUGCCAAGCAACCCGUGGAAGUGACAUCACGUCCCUACGUAGAAGAGGAAAUCAUAUCAGCCAGGCACCAUGAGUUGCUUUGCUGCCCCGAGGCACUCCUUGGACCCCUGCAUGACGGGUUCAAGAUCACGUGGGCUUUCAAAGGAAAGGAACUGCACUUAAAUGAGUCAAGAGACUACUGCAGCUUCAAAACACAUCCCGUUUGUGGUCUAGAGACACUGCAGACCGACUCGUCACUUCCGACCGACGAGGGAAAUUACACUUGUACUAUUACUACCUCUGACGGCAUUGUAGCCACGAGAACCUUCUCCUUAUGUGUUACUGUAAGUGAAAUAAGGAGAGAAGCGCCCGUAGAGUCUUACGUGUCGCCUCCUCAGCUGGCCCUCCCAAGGCAAGAGGCUCGUUUUUCCUGCCAGGCUCUCGUGGGUCUCGGAGGCUGCGGAAGGUUUCUCAAGCACAAUAUCACGUGGUACAAAGUUGGUGAAGAUGGUUCGAAAACACUGGCGGAUCGUUUGCCUUCUAUCGAAACCACGAAGAUGAUGCAGAAGAGAGGAAUGGUGAAACACGAACUGAGUAUCAGCCGAGUGGAGUCGGUUCAUUACGGGUCCUACAUGUGCGUUGUCUCUAACCAGUACGGCAGUCUCGUUCUCAAUUCAACACUUUUAAAUGGAGUCCCAAGCGUGGUGAUGCUAGCCGGGCAUUAUCGAGCGGCCGUUGUAGUUAUGACCAUGGCUGGCAUCAUGCUCGUUGUUAUCCUCCUCUUCUGGUUCCGGUGCCGAAUGAUGGUGGCACUGUACUACCGCGAGAAGACGUUCGUUCCUGAUCCCGAAGACAAACACAAAUACGACCUCUUCGUGAUCCAUGGAGAUUCGGCGUCCAAGUGGGUGUGGCGUGUCUUUGUGCCUUCGCUGGAGACGACCCUCGGCUACUCUUGUUUCCUGCCCGAUCGGAACAUGGCCGGAGGGGAAC